AUGUACAUACACAGAAGUACACACGCACAGACACAUGUACAUACAUACACAGACACAUGUACACACAGACACAUGUAUGUACAUACACACAAACACACACACACAUGUACAUGCACACACACGCAGACACAUGUACACACACAUACAUGUACAUACACGCAGACACAUGUACAGAUGUACAUGCAUACACAGACACACACACACAUGUACGCACACACACACGCACACCUAUAAAAAGUUGCAGUACUUCAUUGUUCACUCACAGAGCCGGGUACUGCACUCUAGGGGGAGGCAGAGAGCACAGCACACACUCCUUCCUUUGCUUUCACUGCACUCAGCUAUUGAGCAGUCUGACGGCUCCCAGUGCCAAUGACAGAUCUGGCCUGAGCUCCGAGCCUGCUCAGCAAGACGGCCCUGGGGGACACACUUGCCUCCACCAUAAUUUCCACUCGCCAUUGGAAAUUUCAAGGCCUGGGGUAGAGUACAUACUGGGGUUGAUGUGAC